CUCUUUCAGGUAUGGGAAUUCUUCACGGACUUACGAGGCCACGGUCUUGCCGGUGUACGGUGUCGAUUUUGUCAUUGGGUUACAAACGACCGGAGUCCGACCACUAUGAAAUUCCAUUUGAAGAGAAAACAUGACACAGGACCAGGUGGUCUGUGGGCAAUCUGUGAAGAAAAGAUCAAUUCACAAGCGCCUGCAAACUACGCUCCGCGAUCAAAAAAGUCAGAAGAUGCAUUACUAAAGGCAUUGACGAACCAACGGCAUCAAAUGCAAUCAUUCAAUCCCUUCGGAUCAGGUGAUGUCAAACUUGGAAGUGAGUGCCCUGGUUAUGGUAACUACUUUACGUUUUCACUAACAUUAUUCAUAAAUGGAUACUGUGGCAAAACUGGCAAGUAUGUGCACACCACGCUAUGA